AUGAACGUCGAGAUAACGCCGAACUAUUCGUACAUUUUCGACUUCGAGAAUGAGUUCAUCCACCAGGACACGCGCGUCUGGAUGGUGAAGAACUGGACGUACGUGUUCUACUAUUGUGGCAUCUACAUGGCGGUGAUCUUCGGCGGCCAGUACUACAUGCAAAACAGGCCAAGAUUCGAGCUGCGAGGACUGCUAGCGAUAUGGAACACACUUCUGGCAAUGUUCAGCAUAAUGGGAGCUUGCCGGACAGCGCCCGAGCUGGUGCACGUCCUGCGGCACUACGGCCUUUUCCACUCCGUCUGCGUUCCUAGCUUCAUCGAGCACGACCGUGUCAGUGGUUUCUGGACAUGGUUGUUCGUCCUGUCGAAGCUGCCGGAGCUGGGCGACACGGUGUUCAUCGUGCUGCGAAAGCAGCCACUCAUCUUCCUGCACUGGUACCACCACAUCACGGUGCUGAUGUACUCGUGGUUCUCGUACACCGAGUACACCGCCUCGGCCCGAUGGUUCAUCGUGAUGAACUACUGCGUUCACUCGGUGAUGUACUCGUACUACGCGCUGCGCGCACUCAACUUCAAGCCACCGCGCUCGAUCGCGAUGCUGAUCACGACACUCCAGCUGACGCAGAUGGUGGUCGGUUGCGCGAUCAACAUCUGGGCCCACGGUUUCCUCCAGACGGCCGGCAAAAACUCGUGCAACAUCUCCGAGAUGAACAUCAAGCUAUCGAUCGCGAUGUACUUUAGCUAUUUUGUGCUGUUUGCGCGCUUCUUCUACAAGACCUACCUCUCGACUAACGCGCGUAAGGGCAAGCGACCGAUUCAGGUGACUGCAUCCUCGACUGCAACCAGUGGUCAGUAUAGUGACGCGGCUCGCAUCAUCAGUGGCAAGUCGGAUGUGCAGUCGCUGCUUGCUGGGCAGGCCAGCAGCAAGAUGAAGGCACAGUAAGUGCUCUCAACACCGGGAGGGGCAACUCUGGUGUCCUGUCGCGUCGCUUUCGCUUCCGUCUCUCCAUCCCAUCGCGCUCUGCCGCCAGCCGUGUAGAGUAAGCUAUUCCGGGGUUUUAGGGGCAGGAUCCAGGAGCACAAUUCGUCCUCUGGUGGGGGAGAAAACAAAAAAACCUCGACGCAUUCCAUCCCAACUGGGAGCUAUUCCUCGCUGGAGCAUCGGACAUGGACACACCACACACCCCCUAUAUGCAUACGUUGAUGAAGCUGUCUCUCACCCUGCUGCUGAUGGUGGUGGUGGUGGUGGUAGAGGCGGGAACCGAGCCUUUCCUGUCCAUCAUUCCCCUUGCCAUCGUUGGCAUUUUCUCGUUUCAACGAUAGAAGAAGUCGUCACCCACGAGAGGACAUCACAGGACAUCGCAAGAAAGCGAUGAAGCUAUUUCCAAAAAAAAGGAACAUUUACAAACAAAAAACAAACCUACAAACAAACAGUCAACAUACUCCUCUCUCCCCCAAAACCAUCAGCUAACCAAUAGUACCGCUUCAAUAGGAAGAAGAAGAACAAAGAAAGGACGAGUUAGGAGGGCAGAAUAGCACACAUUACUAGCAUUCCUGUUAUUCGGGACGGGAGGGGCUUAGUAAGGCGAAAAGGUGCGCAAACCAUAGGACUUAGUUGUUGGGGCACCCUUUGCCAAUUUGCAUACAUACAGAGACACAUACACAGACACGCAAAUGGGUAAGAAGUAGAAAGGAAGCUACUUCCGGGACAGUACACCCAUUCACCUUGGACGACACACAAAGGACGACAACGACGAUGGACAUGGACAUGGAUCUGGACAUGUGGUGAACUAGUACGAACGACUACUUCUACUUACAAGGCAGAACCCGUACACACGUGUGGAGUAAAGUUACUUGCAAAAAAGGGCUGACUGGGGACUCGGGUAAAAAACCUAUCGGGGAGGGACUAUUUAGUUUAGCGCGUAACUAUCUAAUGGUAGCUUCUACUCUAUUGUUUCUAUUAUUUGUUUAUAGAUAUGUUUUUGAUCUUUUCUGUUGCAAUCAUUUCGGGUGGGAAUUGACGUGUAUAGGUAGAGAGAAAGAGUAAAGUAAGCGCGUUAGAGGAUAGAAGGAUAGUGGACCGUAGGCGCUUCUGCGUGCGAAAGCUGACUCGCAGUGUGGGUAGGGAACAAUUAUUUUUUGUUUAUUUCAUAGUGUUGCUCCCACUCGUUCUGACUUUCUCUCUGGCUCACUCGAAAUCGUGUUCGAUCCGCACACCGUGCGAUGGCGAACUAGGAGAAGAUGAAGUGGAAUUAUUGUCGAAAUAAAAUAAACCGUGCGGGGAAAAAAGCUCCCAAAAGAAAGAAAAGUGAAGAAAAUUCAGAGGCAUGUUCGAGAAGAACUUUAACAACGACCAUAGGGAUUAGAAUCUACCCCAUUGUGGCUAGUUGUAGUCUGUACAGAGGCAGAGGGAACGAAGGAGAGAGAAAGGAAAGCAGAAUAGCAGAGCUGGUUUCGUUCGCUUGAUGAAGCGGGCAGUAGCAGGAACGGUGCUAUGUAAAGUGAGGAGAAAAGGCAAAGAAACAAACGAACAACAAAACAUCUGCGCAAAGACUGUUUUCGACUUAUUUAUACUAAAUAAACGCAACGAGAGCGAAAUAAAAAGAGGGGAAUGCUUUCGAGGAGUGAAAAUGGCAAUGAAAAUAAAAUCACACGCGUGUGUCUAUCAAUGGAUUUUGUUAUCGUCCUUGCGCGUUGGUUUCGCGUGGCCCCAGGAAGAGCACACG